CCGGUUUCGCCUUGCUUUGCUUUCUGCUUUCCUUUGUCCUCUUCUCGCUUCGGCUCUUCUCUUUCAAUCGUCCAAAGCGAUGCCCUUUGCUCUACCUCCAUCGCUACAGCUGGAGCCGAAUGCGUUCGGUCUGAAGAGAGGCAUCAGGUUUAGGGCUACAGUUUAGCUCUGAGAUCCGUCGGGAGGGGACAUUGUGAGAUGCCGAGCGUGGCCGUCAAGCUCUACAGCGUCUUCUUCAAGCUCCUGCUGAAGCACAAGCUGCAGAGCCUCUUGCAGGCGGAGGAAGGCGGCGCGUCGUCGGGUGAUAACGGAUUCGGUGUCACCUCCCGGUCGGAGGAGUCUACAGCGCCGGUGAAUCCCUCUUUCGGCGCCGACGGUGUCGCCACCAAGGACAUCCACAUCGACCCCCUCACCUCGUUGGCCGUCCGCAUCUUCCUCCCGGACCCUGCACUCCUCCGCACCGUUGCGUCCGCACGACGGACAGCCGAUAUCGAUCGCCGCAACAGCUACGGUGGCGCUGCUGUCGCUGCUCCCUCUCCCGACCGCAUCCGCCGGCGCAGCUUUGGUGGCCCCGGAUCCGCUCACGAUAAAGGAGACGCUGCUUCCGACGGUACCAACUAUCGCGGAUACCUCCCCUCCGUCGUUGACGCGCGUCAUCGGGUGGGUAGGUCGAAGAGAUUGCCAGUCAUUAUCCAGUUUCACGGAGGCGGGUUCAUCGCCGGGAGCAAUACGUCGAAUGCAAACGAUUUCUACUGUAGGCGGAUUGCGAAGCUGUGCGACGCCAUUGUAAUUGCGGUCGGGUAUAGGCUGGCACCAGAGAGCCGCUAUCCUGCAGCAUUCGAGGAUGGAUUGAAGGUGCUGCAUUGGUUAGGGAAGCAGGCGAAGCUGGCCGAGUGCAGAAUGUCUAUGGGGUCUGCGAGGGGAGGAGGAGCUGGAGAGUUAAGAAAGACUCAGAUUGUGGAUACAUUUGGAGCAUCGACUGUGGAGCCUUGGCUAGCAUAUCAUGCCGAUCCUUCCAGAUGUGUUCUCCUCGGUGCAAGUUGUGGAGCUAACAUUGCAGAUUACGUUGCUCGUAAAGCUGUUGAUGCUGGAAAGCUCAUCGAGCCAGUUAAGGUUGUUGCCCAAGUUCUGGUGUAUCCCUUCUUCAUUGGAAGCACCCCAACACGUUCAGAAAUAAAGCUAGCAAAUUCUUACUUCUAUGACAAGUCAUUGUGUGCACUUGCAUGGAAGCUGUUCUUACCUGAGAAUGAGUUUAGUCUCGACCACCCUGCCGCAAACCCUCUUGUGCCAGGUCGGGGACCUCCAUUGAAAUUGAUGCCGCCGACCCUCACAGUUGUUGCGGAGCAUGACUGGAUGAGAGACAGAGCAAUUGCAUAUUCUGAGGAGCUCAGGAAAGUAAAUGUUGACGCGCCUGUGCUCGAAUACAAAGAUGCAGUCCAUGAAUUUGCCACACUUGACAUGCUCCUCAAGACUCCGCAAGCACAGGCCUGUUCUGAAGACGUUGCCAUAUGGGUGAAGAAGUAUAUAUCUCUCCGAGGGCACGAAUUCUCGUAUUAGGCAUCGCGUCGCAUUAGAUGCAUAAGGAAAAGGGCAUUGCUUGAGUGUUUGUAUCAGGUUAGCAAGUUUGAUGAGUUCAAUUCAUUGAUAUAUUGUCUUCAUUCUUGUAUGGUGUAUUACGUAAAGAACCAGUACAGUUGAAGAAUAUAAUGCGUUACGGUAUGGAAGGAGAUGUUAUUUGUAUUGGUAAAGUCACAUUUAUUAAGUUGUGGAAUUGGUUAAA